GAAUUCGUCCCCACGCUGAGUGCUGCAGGUUUUUGAUUCUCCCAAUGCCCUGUCCUCUGACCGCCAUUUUCGUCCUUUUCCUCUCCUCCGCCUCACCUUCUCCCCACCACUCCAAUUUCCCAUUCAUUCUCUGCGAUUCAACAAGACUCUCCAUGAAAUGAAAUGAAAAUGCUUUCAUCUUUCUUCUCAAUGGCAGACCUCUGAAUGAAUCUGAUUUCACGAACUGUCUUAAUGAGGUGUUUGGGAGAAAUCUGAUGAUGACGAUGAUGGUGUUUUGUUGAUUAAAUCAGCUGUUCAUCUCGAUUUUUGAGGGCUUUCUAAAGAUGGAUUUGGAUGAUAAUUUGUCGAAUAAUAAGAGUAGACUGUCCGGCCCAUUUUCUAAGGUCUUUCGAGUUCAAGCUGCUUCCGGGGUACCUCAAGAUGAGGGAAUGAAGAGGUCGAAGACCCUCGAAAAGACAAAUUCCGAUGUAGUCCAAAAAUCCCGGCUUCCUUCUGAAGAUGAAAACGACGAGGCUGUUAGAAAUGAAGCAUUUUUCGCGCAACUGUUCGCCAGCAUAUCCACUGUUAAGGCUGCGUACGCACAGCUGCAAUUUUCCCAAUCGCCUUACGAUGCGGACGGGAUUCAAUCAGCCGAUCAGAUGAUUGUAUCGGAGCUUAAGAAUGUGUCAACGAUGAAACAGAAUUACUUGCAGAAACCGGCGUAUGCUAUCCCUCCCGAAACGUCACUUCUUCUGUCCGAGAUUCAGGAGCAGAAGAAUCUCCUGAAAAUUUACGAGAUCACCGGUAAGAAAUUGGAAUCGCAGCUGAAACUCAAAGACGACGAAAUUACCUCUCUUAAGAAGAAAUUGUGCGAAGCCGAGAGGGGGAACAAGGUGCUAGAAAAGAAGGUGAACGCAAGCGGGCAGUUAGUCCAUCCGGAGAAUAUACGAUUAUCAGACCUACAGCCGAGCCAUUUCGUUGCAUAUUUCCGACAUAUGCUUAAGUCCGUCCGUAGCUUUGUCCGCUUGCUGAUCGGAGAAAUGGAAUCCACAGGAUGGAAUAUGGAUGACGCAGCCUGCUCGAUCGAACCUGAUGUCUCGUUCUGGAAACCGAGUCAUAAAUGUUACGCGUUCGAGUCCUUCGUGUGCAAGAAAAUGUUUGACGGAUUCAACAACUCCAACCCAAUCGAGUCCAUGCCGAAUCAGGGCGAUCACUGCGGUCGCCAAUUUUUCGAGAGAUUCACGGAGCUAAAAUCGGUUCGGCCCAAGGAUUACAUAUCCCGAAAGCCUAAAUCGCCGUUCGCUACAUAUUGCCGUAGAAAGUACGCGGAAAUUGUUCAUCCGAAGAUGGAAGCAUCCCUUUUCGGUAACUUGGGCAUUAGGGAUUCCGCGGAUUCGAUUAAUUUUCCUGAUGCUCCGUGUUUUUCGGCGUUCAUCGAGAUGGCGAAGCGUGUAUGGGUCCUACGUUGCUUGUCGUUGUCGUUCGAUCCGCCAGCCUCGAUUUUCCAGGCGGGAAGGGGAAGCCGUUUUUGCGAAGUGUACAUGGAGAGCUUAAGCGACGAGGCUUUCUUGAUUUGUGAUAGCGCCGGCCCGGAAGCCGACCCUCGUGUGGCAUUCACCGUAGUUCCCGGGUUCAAAAUCGGGCCAACCGUAAUUCAAUGCCAGGUAUAUCUUCGCCGUUAAGUUCUUUUCUUUAAGCUUUUGGAUCGCGAUCGAUAUCUAGCAACUGUAUAUGGAUAGCUAAAAACUUUUAGUUUAAGUAGCGCCGUCUCCAAGUGUUUUGACAUAAAUAUAAAAGCGCGAUGAUAGUAUUUAGACAUUCCAU